AUGAAUCCAUCUGGUCCCAGUGGUCACCAUGAGGAGAGGUUAAGAAGCUCUGCACCGGUGUACACCAACGUGCGUCGCGAGGCACGAAGGAUGCAGCGUGAAGCGAUGGAAGUUAACGCAAGGAUAAGGGAAAUAGAGGCUCGUGGGCAGAUGAGACACAAACAAGAGCGGGUGAUGUUGCGCGCCAAGGUUGACAACAUCGUAGAGGGGCUUGUUGGAGGCACCGAAGGGAUCGUCCCUCCCAGUGUGCUUGACCCACCUAUUGAAAGGAUACCAGAACCAUGCUUUUUACGGCCUACAGAGAAAAAACAAACAUGUACAGGGUCGGGAAUGGCUCCAGUGAAGUUAAUUUCACUCGCUUCCAGUGCCGGCCGCAUGCCCGAUGACGUUCGUAGUGGCCGCUAUCCAGGGGGCUCACCCUCUAAAGGUGUUACGCCUAGAAACCGUGUGGACGCCUCUGAAUCCAAAGCGGGUGAGCCGCCGCGAGGGUUCCCCGUCCCCUUUGAAUCCUCAGGGUUCCGGUGCCCCAUUCAGUGGGCGGAGAUGAGCCUUCAUGAGGUGUUGAUAACUGCAUUAGGGCCCCGCUCCGAACGGGAAAGGAGGGGUACGGAUGUGCCUCCGAACCGUUUGCUUGUUAGUGUGGCGUCGCAUCUACUAAAUGAAGUUCUUUCGCGUGAUACACGUUAUGCGACGUUAUGGCCGCUUCUUCGGGACGUUGUCUUCAAGGGACUCUUCGCUCCGACAAAUUUCAAGCAAUCACCUUAUAUGGGUGGACGUGAACCCCCCAGUUACCCCAGUUUUGUACCAGCAGCUGACUACUUUGGCUUGCGUUUGUGGUCGGAUGAGUAUCUUCUGAGUCGCAGGGCGGAGUUGCAUCUUUCUGAUAGGGUCACUGACUUGAACAGUGCGUUGAAUAGCCGUGGGGAUAUUUUUCAAUUUGCAGUCAAGCAAAUUGAAAAAGCCAGCAAAAGGAGUGCUUUUCGAGCAUGGCGAGCAGUUGUGCAGCGCAACCGAAUUCUCCGAGACAACGUAGUAGCAUACCUGAAGCGCGUCCGUCAGAGGAUGGUUGUGGAGGGUAGCUUCCUGCGAUGGCGGCGCCUUGUUGUACAAACGAAGUUAGAGGAGCUGAGAGUGUCUCUGAAGGAAUCGAAUGUGCGCUUCUCUAUUAGCGAGAGUAAUAGUAAAGAAACAAUAAGGGAGCUGGAGGAGAGACUCGAGGAAGAGCGAAAGGGGGCUGAGGUGAUGAAGUUGAAAAUCGAAUCACUCUCCAUGCAGCUAGUUGAAAAGCAGAUGCUUGAUCUCCGGACGCUGGACUCCACGUUGCGAAACUACCGCGCUAUGUGUGGGGACGCCAAGAAGGAGAGUAAACGGUGGGAACGUUUGGCAAAAACAUUUUCGUGCCGUUCAGGGUGCCCGGUUUUCCCAGCAUCGAUGAAAAGGCAUGCUCACAGCCUGCGUUCCAUUGAGACUUCGUGUGUUGGUCAGGGCACGCAAGCUUACGAACGUGUUGUGGACGCGCGCUGCUCCCUCGAGUCACUUCUGGUAGCCUGGAUUAACUCUUUGAUGAAGGAUCAAAAUGACCACUCUUGGAAGGCUGUAAGGAAGAUUGAACUGGGGUCUGAUGCUGGUGAUUUCAGUGUCAGUGCUCUCUGUAAGUUAGUGCGGACAUUGGAUUCUAUAUACAACACCAGGGGCGCAGAGCAUGUGAUGUGUGGUUCAGCGGCCUCGACAAAUCCAAGUCGUGCGACUUCUCUGACAAAAUGUAUCGAACUGCUGCGGGAAGGGAAUGAAUCAUCAACAGUAGUUUUCCAGGAGCUUGUCCAACUUAUUCACAAGCAAACAGUGGAUGGUCUUUUCCCUCCAUUACUCUCCCACUGUUCGUAUCUUGACACUUUUUACACCCCUUCAACCUUUUGUCAAAAACCCCAUCCAACUGCUAUGCUGUGGGUGCUGGCUACGCUUUUCGUUGGGUAUGCGCGUUUGGUAGCGGGUGUUCCGUCAUUUGCAUCGCAUGAUAUCGAGCAGCGGCUACGGUGUCAAUCUGAGGCCUCAAUAGGCUGCCUUGCCUUAGGCCCCGUGCCUGAGGAGGGGGAGGUUAACAAGCAACCUGAAGGCCGGAGCCGCAGCCAGAGUAUCGUCAGUUCUCACAUUUUGACGACAAACACGGUCAUCAAAAAAUCCGCCCGUCACAGCCGUCCGCGAAGCACGGCGUCACGUAAAGUAGCCGAAGAGGCCGCUGACGAGAAAGAUCAGGCGUGUGAGAAGGCAAUUGUGGACACCGCUUCUGAUGUUGAGGUGUACCUCAAUUGCGAGUGUGGUACGGAGGAAGAGGGAGGAUACUCCAGCGAUGGCGAACUGACGACAAGUGAAACUGCCACGACUCACGAAACCGAUGGACUUGAAAAAAGCACGUCAGGUGCAACGGAAAAGAUGAAGCAUACGCCGGGUAGCAGCAGUAAACCACAGCGUCCUGCACGGAGGUCUCAGCUUCUCCCUUCAACGAGUAAACUGUUGGUUCCAGUUGGACAGCGAGAGUUUGUUAAGUUUCACCGAGACGAGGGAAAGCGUCAACGAAUGUGGAUAAGUGUUUGCCGUAUUGUAACGUCACUAGUGGUGAGGUUUCGUAUCCUCGACGUACCGACAAGCAGCGCCGUUCCUCCGAGCUUCGCUUCACCUAUGUCGUUUUCUUCGUCUCUACCACGGCUUGUUAGUGGACGACACUCAUUAUUUUUUAACAGUGGACGGGAGUCAAGGAGGAGCCAGUCCGGUUUGUUUCCCGUUGCCAGUAGUCCCCCAAAUCCAGCCACAAAACCCAAGAGAGGGGCGUCUCAGGCACACUCUACGCUGCGGCGGUGGCUGGAUAAGGCUAGGAAGGCAGAGUAG